UAUUGUACUGCACUGGCUUGGUACAAUACUGCACUGGCUUGGUACAGCAGACCUGGAGACGCUGGAGACAUUGACCUGAAUACAGCGAGGAAAGGAGCACACAUCCAACCCAGAACAACAGGUGGAGGACUGCAUGACUUGAAGAGACACAUUGCAUCGUUUGAAUUUGAAGCCAUGCUGUGUGAGAGCAGACUAUGGAGCAUGACCUACUGUAGUGACCAGGAUAGACUGGACCCUCUCCCCCCUGUAAUAGAGCCCCCCAGGAGAAGUGUGAAGGCUGGCUCAGAGCCGGCUGCAGUCACCCCGCUCCAAGCCUCUCCAGGCCAGCCAAGCAGAAAUGGCCACUCCAUCCUCCCUAGAGUGCCCCAAAACCAGAGGCCCUCCCAGGUGAGUGCACAAAUCCAGCCCAAGGCUUCUUCUCCACCACAAGACCUGCAUUCCCAGAGGCCCCAUCCUGACAGACACAUCUCCCCAGAGAUGGAGAUCCCUGGGCAGGCUUGUUCCAGUGGCGAGAUUCCCUUCCUGGUGCCCUCCUUCUGCCAGAGCAUUUGUCAGAAUUACAGUGACCUCCACAUCGGGGGUGACCAGGUGCUGCCUCUCUUGGCCCACAAUGGGGAGGUCCUGCCCUGUAGCGACAACCAAGCCAACGGCCCCUUCCUCCAUUCCUGUGACGUCCUCCCGGCCGCAGAAGACUCUCCCCCAGAUCGGGCCUCUGAAGACGGGCUUCUGCGUCCUUUCCAGGGGGGCUCAGGCUCGGGGUCCUCCCGCUGGAGGGCGGGGAGCGGCCGCGACCGGAGCUUCCUCCUCCAGGGGUGCGAGGGGCCCCUCUCCAACUCGCUGCUCAAUCGCUACCUGGAGCACAAGCUACUGGACCUGUACCAACAGUACAUGCUGGAGAACAUGGCCCAGGAACGGGGCUGUAGUGAAGGCUUGCCCUGCCCUCUGCUCGCCUCAGAGUUGCUUCUUACCAGCCUGGAUCAGAUCACCCUGCAGCUGAGCCGUGAGGGCCAUCUGGAAGCGGGCCGGGCCAAAGACAUGGUGCUCAGCUGCCUGCUGAGGGUGGCCAGCGGCCUGCAGUCCAGUGAGAUCAGUACUCCCCUGCUCCAGAUCUCCACGGAUCUGCAGCUCCCCACUGCUGCUACUCCUACUGGUGCUGCUGCUGGUCCUGCUACUGGUGCUGCUGCUGGUGGUUCUACUGGUGCUGCAGCUGGUCCUGCUACUGGUGCUGCUGCUGGUGGUCCUACUGGUGCUGCUGCUGGUGGUGCUACUGUGCUACUGGUGCUGCUGCUGGUGGUGCUACUGGUGCUGCUGCUGGUAGUGCUACUGGUGCUGCUGCUGGUAGUGCUACUGCUACGUCUACUGCUACUGGUGCUGCUACUAUUGCUGGUGCUGCUGCUGGGGACCCAGGAGCCCCUCAGGGACUUCUCAGCUCUACCAUUGACCCCCCAGUUAAAGACAUCCUUUGACCCCUGA